AUGACUCUAUGCAGGCUCAUUCGCUUGAUAUCAGCAUCGACACCAGACGUAGAGGCAAUACGAAAUUUGCUCGCAUAUCGCCUACCUGCCGACUCGGACCGGGAGGCUCGCGAAAUCUGGCGAGAGAUCAUCGAGGGAGACUCUGCAUUGUGGACUGGAAUCCCGGCAGAUAGAAAGGAGCUUAUCCGAGGCUUCUUGGUCUACUUCGAGAACGAGAUUCUCAAGCGCUCGCACAGACGGUUUGCUUUUGCCAAUGGAUCUAUCGGUAAUUUCUUCCUAAGUGCCUGCCAGCUGUUCUUUCGCUCGCUCCCUUCGGCCAUCUUCCAAUUCUCCGCGCUCACUGGUACAACACAAGACCGGAUAUUGCCUAUAUUAGUGACCAACCAUACUGUCACGAUUGCCGCCGACCUCGACAACUCGAAACGAAUUAUCGGGCAAUGUAAUAUAUCUCAUCCCGUCGGUGGGCAAGAGGUCGUCUUGGAAGGACUGGAAGAUGGUGAAGAUGGCAACGGGCACAACUCGCCUCUGAAUGUGGCAUUCGUCAAGUCCUCUGAACACACAGCAGAGGCGCUCGAAGGAAGGAUUGAACGCGUAUAUUACAUCAAUGCACACGGGAAUGAGAUAUAUCCUCAUCCGAACCCGGAGGUUCUUUCAAGUCUUGGUCAACAGGAUUAUCUCGUUUACUCUUGCGGGUCUCUCUGGACUAGUAUAAUACCCUGUCUUGCGCUACGAGGCGUAGCUACCAGUAUUGCCCGCAGUCCCUCACUACGGGCGAAGAUACUUUUGCUCAAUAUUCACAAUGAUCGCGAAACGGCUGGCUACACCGCGCUUGAUUAUGUACAAGCAAUUACAAGUACCCUGAACCGUCACGACUUGACCCCUCGCACGGCUGGAGGGAUUAUAAGGCCACUUUAUCCCGCUUCAGCCUUUGUGACCCAUUUGGUUUAUAUGUCUCAUACCAGCAUCGAGAUACCGACCCUAGCGCUAACGGCAAUGGGUGUGCAUUGUGUCCGGAUCUAUGGUUCAAACAAGAGUGGUUUCGGUGCCAACGAUGUGAGGCAGGCCCUGGAACAGAUUAUUGCGUCUACGAGUACAGCAGAUUAG